UUCUGUAUGAUACUAUUCUUUAGCUUCUUAAUAUGAGUAUGAACUGGUUCAAGUAAUUUUUCUAAUACUUGAUGACAUGAAUGCUGACUAUUAUGAAACAGAGCCGUGAAGGGUUGUAUAUGGAUUUUUUAUAAUUUUGUUUAUGAUAAUACACCUAGUCAACAGCUGCCUCAGGACCCCUGUUUUAUAAUAUGCCUCUCUUUGCUUCUGUUCUUUAUUGCCUUAUUCUAUCUGUCUCCGUGUUCUCUCAUAUAAUUUCAGGGUUUUCUGCAAUCAAAUUUGCUCCAUGAAUUGGUGGUGGCUAGGAGCUAUUGGUUCCGCCUUACAUAGAAUAGAGAGUGGAGAUAUUCCAUCAAAAUACCAUAAUGUAGCACUUGUAGUUGGCGUGACUGGCAUCUCUGGUAAUAGUCUUGCAGAUAUCCUUCAGCUAUCUAGUACACCUGGUGGGCGGUGGAAGGUCUAUGGUGUUGGGCGACGGCGUCAACCUGAGUGGCAGUUUCACCACAACCAUGUUCAAUAUAUCCAAUGUGAUAUGGUUGAUCCUGAAGCUACCCAAGCUAAACUUUCACAUCUGAGUGAUGUAACUCAUGUAUUCUACGUUGGAUGGGUUACGAAAUCCACUGAAGAGGAAACUUACGAAGAGAACGGAAGAAUGCUGCGUAAUGUUCUUAAUGCGGUCAUACCUAAUGCGCCAAACUUGCAGCAUAUCUGUCUUCAAACAGGUCAGAAAUAUGCCCUACCUUCUUUGGACUCAACGGCUGAAAUUCAAAAUGAACCUCAAUUUGUAGAGGAGUUGCCCAGGGAAGAUACUACCGAUAGUUAUUAUGCUAUGGAGGAUAUAUUGGCUGAGGAAGUGCAGGCAAAGGAGAAUCUGACAUGGUCAGUCCAUCGACCUGCUGUUAUGCAUGGGUUUUCUCCUUACAGUACUAGGAACAUUAUUGGUUCGCUCUGUGUUUAUGCCACUAUAUGCAAGCAUGAAGGACAACACUUAAAGUUUCCAGGCAACCAGGCAGGCUGGGAUGGGUACUCAGAGGCUGCAGAUGCGGAUUUGGUGGCUGAGCAGCAAAUAUGGGCGUCACUUCAUCACCAAGGCAAGAGGCAAGCAUUCAACUGUAGCAACGGGGAUGUGUUCAAGUGGAAAGAUUUGUGGAAGAUUUUGGCUGAUGAAUUCGAAUUAGAAACCGUGAAAUUUGAAGAAGAUUCUAUUACUCUUGAAGAAAUGAUGAGGGAGAAAGGUCCUGUAUGGGAUCAGAUUGUACAAGAGAAGGAUCUGCUUCCUACUAGAUUCGACGAGGUUGGGACUUGGUGGUAUGUCGAUUCUGUCCUCAGAUGUCAGACUGUAUCAGACGAUUACAUUAAUCGGGGUAUGGAGAAAAGCAGGAAGUUCGGAUUUGGGGGUUCCAGAAACACUGCAGAUUCAUUUCGUUUUUGGAUCUACAUGACAAGAAAGUACAAGAUUAUUCCUUAAUCUGUUAGGUUGUUGUUGCUGCUGCUGCUAAUGGUAACUGAAGCAGAUUGUCAUUUGAAUUCAGUGGAAUUGUUAUUAUGCGUGAACUAUGAAUUGGUCUACAAGUUAUGUUGUGCCCUCAACUUAGCCAAAAGCCAGCCAUAGACCAGAUCAUUUAUGAUAAUGGAAUCCCACUCUCUUUGAUAAUCAUCAAAUCACACGUUAAUGGCACAUCUUUAUUUAUUUAUUUUUUUUUAAUCUUUUUUUUUUUUUUUUAAUGAAUUUUAUUGAAAUGUAGAGUACAAAGACUAGUAUUCUUUUUUACCAUUUCUCAAGUUUGAACUUUUAUGUAUCAAAAACCCUUUGUUAAAGUCAGACCAUAUAUAUUUAAAUUUAGGCUAUGUUUUAUAAUCCAAUUUGAAUUUUUUUUUGUUCGAGCUUGAUAAGAUCUGGUUUAAUCUAAUGUGAAUAUUUAUAGUUUAUUUUGAUUUGAUAUGACAAAUCUAUUAUUAGUAUUUAAACACACAAACCAAAAAUGCCACAUGCUCUCCUUCCCUAUUACCUUUCUUUAUAAAUCAUUCUGUUUUUCUAUAUUUGCAUAGAACUUCUUCAACUCCCUCCUUUAUUUAUCAAUAACUCUUUAUAUUCUAUAACCUAUACUUAAAUUUAACAAAUUGAAACCUUCUCCUCUUCUCCCUCUAUUUUUCAAUAUAAUUUAAUCACAUUUGUCUUUUAAUUCAUUGACCCCCAAUCUCUAAUAUAAAUACAAAUUUCCAUUAAAACUUUUUUCACAUCAUCUAAGUUCAAAAAAAAAAAAAAACAAAAUAUCCCUCAAAAUUCUAUGUAAAAGUUUUACUAUAAUGAAGAUGAUGAUUGAAAAGGAAAAAAUUGAGGCUGCAAAAAAGGGUGACUUGAAUUGGUCUAAAAAAAAAA